GUUAUAAACGUCCUUUGGAAAAAGAUGAUCUAUACGUUUUAAAUGAAACGAGAACUGCUAAAAUUAUUAUUGAUAAAUUUGAAGUCGAAUGGCGAAAAGAAAUUCAAAAAAUCGCGAAAGGAAAGAAACCAUCUUUACUAAAAGCUCUAUUUAGAGUUUUAUAUGUUAAAUUUUUCUUGUCGGGUGCUUGUAGAUUUAUUAGUGAUGUAUUAAUAGUUAUUGCGCCUUUGGUUUUGAAG